AUGGAAAAGUCCCGUCAACUUCGUGGUCCGUCGCCCGCCGACGAUUCUUACCGCCACCACCAGCCGUCCGCCGAGAAGUUCGCGUGCUCUCGGAUUCCCUGGGUGAUGCUGGAUCGGUUCGCCCACCGCACCAAGGGGGAUGGGGAUGGCGUUGUUUCGGAUGCGGUAGCUGACGGCACGCUAUCAGAGAUCUCAGCCACCUGCACCGGUAAACCCAUCGCCAUCUCCCUUCGGGUCGCUGAACCCCCGGAGGUGUCCCGUCUCUACCUUCACUGGCCAGACGGGUUGAGGCCGGAGAUGAGCGACCUGAACAAGCCAUUCGUCAUCGCAGCGCACGGCGACUCGAUACUUUUCCAGACAUACGUGCCCCUCGACGGCUGCUACCAUCCCACCUGUUACCCCAUCGACUAUUUCGUCUACACAGCACCCUCCUGUUCCAAGAGUAGUUCGUCGCUCCGGCGACUCCCUACCUGCUUUGACGGCGGCUUGCUGGACCCUGUGAUGAAUCAGUACAACAAGCCGCACCUGUCCCGUGAUCAGCAGGCAAUGUGCAGUGCAGACAUCGGUCUCCUGUGCCACAGGGAUGGUGGGUUCACCGUGGCGAAUCUCGCGGUGGCAGAUCUCACAUGCCUCGGUAGGCUCAGGGUGCUGCACUAUACCCCUCUGGAGACGAACAUGAAGUGGGACGAUAAGGAGCUGCCAUUGCCUUGUGACGUCGGCACCCUGAACAUCGUGAGUGGUUCCUGGCAAACUGACACUGUCAUCCCCUUUGAUGAUCACUAUUUGUGCUGGGUUGAUCUCUAUCUGGGCUUGCUGUUUGUGGAUGUCAUUGCCAAACAUCCACCGCCCCCACGUUACGCCCGGUUACCUGUAGAACUGGAUCAGCAUCGUCUGUACAUCGACCAUGGGGCCCCUGACCCGGCCCGCCAUGUGUGUGUUACUGAUGCAGGCAUUAUGAAGCUCAUUAGCAUCAAUGAUGACACAGGCCGCAGUGUGCGUGACCAGUCUUGUUCUGCUUUCAAUAUCACAACUUGGACUUUCGACUUAGGGACAAUGCGAUGGCAUAAGGAGUUCACCAUCAAAUCCGCCAAGUUCUGGGCCGCUCUUGACACAGAUAAGCGUCUUCCAUGUCUCCUGCCAAAGUUUCCGACCAUUAGUUUGGUUGAUCCUAAUGUCAUUUGCUUCACGUUGGAGGAUAGCUACAACAAUUUUUGGCUGGUAGAGGUUAACACUAAGAAUAAGGUGCUAGGGGCUGUCGCUCUCUAUAUCAAUGUAGAGGAAGAAGAAGUAGAAGAAGGACACGCUGCUAGGAUGUUCAGAAGGCAUAUCUUCUAUGGCAACUCCUUUGUCGCCAGCCAGUUCACCCGGUACAUGAAUAAUGAUGCCAUCAAAAGUCUUGAGAUGAGCAAGAAAUUACAGGAAACAAAACAGAAGCGAGCCAUGAAAAAGAUGGAUUGA